GCGAACCGCGACGGCCGCCGAGAUCCGCGCCGCCGACGAGAUCCGGCGAAGAGAGAGAGCGAGAGGGUCCGGGGAUGUUCGGGAUGCGUGCGAGCGGCGCGGCGGCGUCGUGGGUGGUGGGGCGGAUGGGCACGGACGCGCACCUGUACGACGACCCGGAGGACGCCGCCAUCCCGGCGCUGCUCGACUCCCGCUUCGACGGAGACAAGGUCGACGCGCUCAAGCGCCUCCUCGCCCUCAUCGCCCAGGGGGUCGACGUCGCACACCUCUUCCCCCAGGUGGUGAAGAACGUGGCGGCGCAGUCGCUCGAGGUCAAGAAGCUCGUCUACCUCUACCUGCUCCACUACGCCGAGACGCGGCAAAAUGAAGCUCUCCUUUCUAUUAACAUAUUCCAGAAGGAUUUAUCAGACAUAAACCCGUUGGUAAGGGCUUGGGCCCUUCGCACUAUGGCUGGCAUCAGAUUACACGUUGUCGCUCCACUCGUGUUAGUGGCUGUGAAGAAAUGUGCAAGGGAUCCAUCCCCAUAUGUUAGGAAAUGCGCGGCAUAUGCACUUUGUAAGCUCUACGACUUGCUUCCAGAGGAAAACACAACCUUGGAGGAGAUUGUGGACGUUUUGCUUGGUGACAGUUCCUUUGGAGUAGUGGGAGCUGCUACAGUUGCAUUUAAGUCGGUUUGUCCAAAUUGUUUAGCGCUGAUAGCAAAGCAUUUCCGACGGCUCUGUGAAACACUCCCUGAUAUUGAAGAAUGGUAUCAGAUUACUCUAAUUGAGAUUCUCUUGCGGUAUGUGAUAGCAAAACAUGGAUUGGUCAAGGAUUCUGUAAUGUUUGCUGCAGAAUUGUCUUUGGAGACCCAGGCUGGCAGGGAUUCAGUUCCUGUUAGUAAUAUAUCCAGCACCCAGGCGGAAACUAUUGUUAACGGAGGUUCUGGCACUAUGCCAAACAUUAUGUUGUUCCGGCAUUACAUUGAAGAAUAUUCAGGAGCUUUUGAUAGAGACGAUGAUAAAUUCAGCUUUCCAUCUGUCACUACUAGCACAAAUGAUGAUGUCGUAAUUCUAUUGAAAUGCACGUCACCUCUUCUGUGGAGCCAAAAUAGUGCAGUGAUACUUGCAGCAGCAAGUGUUCAUUGGAUAAUGGCUCCAGCUGAGGAAGUGAAGAGAAUUGUUGGCCCGAUUUUAUUUACUCUACGCUCAUCUCCUGAUGCAACAUAUGUGAUGCUUGGCAACAUACUAGUUUUUGCCAAGACUGCCCCAUUGUUGUUUGCUUCGUAUUAUGAAGAUUUCUUCAUAUGUGCUUCAGACCCGUACCAGACUAGGGCUUUGAAGCUUGAAAUACUCACCACCAUUGCCACAGAGUCAUCUAUUCCAGCCAUUCUUGAAGAAUUUCAGGAUUAUAUUAAAGAUCCGAAUAGGAGAUUCGUGGCAGAUACAGUUGCUGCAAUUGCAUUGUGUGCCCUGAAACUCCCCUCUAUCACCUCCAGUUGUCUUGAGGGACUUUUGGCACUUGUACUGUACGAAUUGUCUAUCACUAACUCAGUUCACUUGAAUGAAGAAGAUGCUGUUUUAGUUCAAGCCAUCUUGUCAAUCAAAGAAAUAGUGAAAAUAGAUGCAGCAUCUCAUGAGAAGGUGAUUAUCCGCUUGGUUCGUUGUCUGGAUACAAUUAUGGAGCCUGCCGCACGGUCCUUAAUUAUUUGGAUAUUUGGUGAGUAUAGCUCUACUGGAAAUCUCAUCCCAAAGAUAGCUCCAGUUGUUCUUAAGUAUCUGGCAUGGUCCUUUGCCGCCGAAGUGCUCGAGACAAAGCUUCAGAUCCUAAAUGCUUCUGCGAAGGUUAUCAUACAUUCUGCAGAAGAACGGCUAGAAGAAUUCAAAAGGAUAGUGACAUAUGUCAUUCAGUUGGCUGCAUGUGACAUGAAUUAUGAUGUCCGUGAUCGUGCACGUUUCUUGUCAGGACUUCUGCCAUGCUGUGCUAAUGAAAAUGACUCCUCAUGUCGAGCGCAGAAUGUAGAUGUUAUUAAAGAGCUAGCUGAUCAUAUCUUUGGUGGGAAGAUACCUCCUGCAUCUAAUUCAGACAGCAACUACCGGAUUUAUCUUCCGGGUUCCCUGUCACAAGUUGUUCUUCAUGCAGCGCCUGGUUAUGCACCACUUCCAAAGCCUCAAAGUAUGAUCUUAAUUCAUAAGACCGUAGAACCAACCAGAGGCAUAGCCGAUUCCUCUGAAGGUACUAAUUCUGAUGCUGAAUCUGGAUCUUCAAGAGAUGAGAGUGGCUCUGUGUAUGAUUCAGAAAGUGAAGCUGGUAGUGAUUCAAAUGAUGAUGGCCAUAACCUUCAUCGUCAAAAGGAGAACAAGGAAGCUCCGUUGAUUCAUAUGUAUGAUGGUAAUGUAGAUCAAGCCUAUGCAGGUCAAGCUGUCGAUGAAAAUUUGGCAUCUCUCAUCUCUACUGAUUUGACAGAAUUAAUGUCCAAGUCAGCCUUGGAGUCAUGGCUUGAUGAGGCUCCUGCUGCACCACUUGUUCAGGAUUCGGUACAGACAUCAUGUGCAAGGGUUUCUUUUACCACUCGCAGCUUUGAGAGAAAACCUAAAUUGCAUAGGUUGUUAGAUCCAUCGGAUAGUGAUGGCUUGAGUGUUCUAUAUGCCUUCUCAUCUGAGGUUUCACCCAGAUCACGCUUGCUAGUAUGUGUAGACUUGUUUGUCGAGAAUGUUACAACAGAACAAUUAGCGGAUAUAACCAUUAAAUCUGAAGAGGCUUCUGGUAGCAAGGGUGGCAUGGACCAAACAUCAGAAGGAUCCGCAAGCAUACCAACUCUUGUUCCUGUUGAAGAGAUACAGUCACUGGCUCCCGAACAGACAGCUAAGAUGCUUCUUCAGGUUCACUUUCAUCACCAUCUCUUGCCCUUGAAGUUGUCUGUCCUUUGUAAUGGGAAAAGGCAUCCAGCCAAACUUCACCCGGACAUUGCUUAUUUUGUACGACCACUACCCAUGGACCUAAAUGCUUUUCUAUGCAAGGAAAACCAGCUGAGGGGAAUGUUUGAGUAUGCUAGAAGGUGCACUUUCAAAGAUCAUCUUCAAAAGCACGAGCAGAUCGAAGAGAGUACAGAUCACAACACCGACAAGAACCUUCUGGUAGCCCAAACUCUCGCGUCGAAAGUACUCAGCAACGCCAAUGUUCACCUAGUGUCAAUGGAUAUGCCGGUGACCUUCAGCAUCGAUGACGCCUCCGGUUUGUGCUGGCGAUUCAGCAGCGAGAUCCUAAGUACUUCGAACCCCUGCCUGAUCACUGUCGUGGCGGAUGGGCACACCUCGGAACCACUGGAUCUCACCGUCAAGGUGAACUCCGAAGACACGGCGUUCGGCCUGAACCUCCUGAACAGAGUCGUAGCGAUCAUAGAGUGAAGGGGCACUUUUGAGUUCAGCAAGUUUGGUUCAAAUGCUACUUUUGUGGAUAUUGUAAAUUAUCGUACAUUGUUGUGAAUGUCGAGGGCUUUAGAGUAACCUGACUGAUUGUUGUACAUCUUUUUACCACCUUGUAUUCCUUUUCUCAUUGUUAGAUUUGAUUUUUUUUUGGGGGGAUAAACUGAUGGCAAGCUUGCUGUUGUUACAAAGUGCACGACAGAAUCCGCGAUAGCACGGCGUCGCGGCUUGCUGCUGGAUAGUAAUGUUGAUGAUGACACUGUAAGUAAUGGCAUGAGAUUGCUGUGGGAGCAAUAAAUUCCAGAGUUUUAACCACAGUACAA